AUGGGUAUAGUACUCUCCAAGCUACGAAAGAUUUUCAACCGAAAGCCCGCCGAAUCAUUGAGCGCCCAUGGGCUUCACACACUCGAAAAUGGACCGCCGGAGGAGCCAACAUAUGUCCCGACCACGAUCAACGAGCCCAACACAACUACCGCUGCCACCACUCCACUGUUGAUCCUCGCAGGGCCUUCUGCCAGUGAGCCAACAAUAGAGAGUUUUCCAACUACGCGUGCGGUACCUAGUCAAUUCGUUUCGGCUCAGAUAUGUUCUCUAGUUAUUGAUGAUAUUGGUGUAACCGCCCGGACACUCGAUACACCCGCGGCUGAACCAGAUGAGAUCUCGCCGAGAUGUUCGACCGCUCCUCCAGAUUCAGAGCCCAUCAUGGAACCUACACAGUCGGAAGACAUGAAUCAGUUGGUAGGCUAUAAUCCAAGAUCUGAUACCACUUGUAGUGCCAGCAAGAAAGCGGUUACCUCGGUAAUGGUAGAUGGAAGUCCUUCUGCGCCUACCCGGGCACAAAGGCGAGGGAUGACUUCGACCCUUUGGGGACAAGCGGUUGAGGAGGUACGGAAGGAGUAUCCCGAGCAGCUGGAGGAAAAGAAGGACGCAGACUUCAAUCUGGCCACCUCUCUCAUCGGCUAUGUCGAAGACCAGAGGACGAAAAUUGACAAAUCAAGGCUUUAUUAUACUAAUAGCAAAAAAGAAAAGGUGUACUAUGCAGAAAUAUUUCUAACCCAGUUGGGAAAAUAUGCGACAAUUGGGGAUAUAGCUAUACAACAUCAUCCUGACGUUGUCGCUCUGGCGUGGUCAGGUUUCAGAUUACUUUUAGAUUUUGGAUUGGCUUACUACAAGAGGAUGGCUCUAAUAUCCUCCAGCCUAGGGUAUCUUGGUUGGGUUAUACGCUGCUGCGAAAUAUAUGAGGCGCUGUAUGGGGGGGCGGAGUAUUCAUCUAUCACUGAUCUAAAGAAAACUCUUGUCGACCAAUAUGUCUCAAUCCUACGUUAUCUUAUUUAUGCAAAACUACACGUCAAUAAGUCUACCAAAGGUAACUACCUCAUUAAUCUAUUGUACACACUAUUCUUGACAUUUAAGUGA